AUGAGUGGUUUCGUGCAACGUGUAAAAGCGUUGUUUUCAAAAGCUCCAAAACAAGGUCCAGCUGUUCAACAACAGCCCGUCUAUCAACAGCAACCACAACCACAGUUUGCACCUCAACCACAGUUUGCCCCUCAACCUCAAUAUGUACAGCAGCCAGCUCAAUAUAUGCAACAACCAGUGCAAUACAUGCAGCAACCCCAAUAUGUACAACAACAACAACAACAACAAAUGCCGCCGCAGUACAUGCAGCAGCCAUAUCCUCAAUAUAUGCCACAGCAACCAAUGCAACAGUCGUCACCGUUUGGAAAUGCUACUCAGAUGCCGAAUUAUUUCGCAUCGCCGCCAUCAGCGAUGUUUCCCAACAAUCAAAAUUCAUCGAUACAAGCAAAUAAUAUGACUAUUUCGAAUGCCACUGGUAUUCCACUUCCCGAAAUUGAACGUUUUCGGUACGAAUUCAACAACUACGCUAAUCAAAAUGGUGUCGUUGAUCGUGACAGUUUUCGAAGACUCUUCAUCGCAUCGUUGCUUAACAUGACUUGGCAGGAUAUUGAACGCGAAUCUGAAGCUACUUUUCGUCGCUUCGAUAUCAAUCAGUCAGGCGCUCUCGAUUUCAAUGAAUAUAUGCAAGCAUGUUCACGUAUGAUUUUGGGAGGAAAUCAGCAACCACCAAUGAAUCAAUACUAA